CAUGUAGAGUGAACUAACGCAACAGGGAGGAUGUAAAUAUAAGACCAGCAGGAAGUCAGAUAUUUACCACACCAGAUCACUGCAGAGAAAGACACAGCUACACAUCAACAAUUAGAAAGACCAGCAAAAAUCUUCAGCUUUAAGUCGACAGAAUGCUGAUGAACCACACAAACCAAACAGAAGAUGACCUCUUCUCCUGCCACAGUCCUUCAGUUGUAGGCUACCGGUACUUUGCUGUGCUGUGGGGAUGUGCAGUGACCAUCAUUGGCACGGUGGGAAACCUGAUGACCAUUCUAGCCUUCGCCUUAGACCCACGUCUGAGGAGUCGCUUCAAUGUGCUCAUUGUCAACCUGGCUGUAGCUGAUCUCCUGUACUGCACUAUACUGCAGCCCAUCUCAGUUGACUCCUACCUACACCUCAGAUGGCGCAGUGGUCAGCUCUGGUGCACCAUCUUUGGCCUGCUCCUCUUCCUCUCCAACUCUGUCUCCAUUAUCACCCUCUGCCUGAUAGCAGUGAGCAGGUAUCUCCUGGUCACAAAAAGGGCUGUGUUUGACCGUGUCUUCGCAGACUGUGGUCUUGUUUUACUCCUGAUCUCAGCAUGGGCAUUAGGCCUGGCCAGCUUUGGCCCACUAUGGCAUGUUUACGUGUUCGUGCCACAGGUGUGCACAUGCAGCUUCCAUCGGACCAGGGGUCGCCCCUACACCACCAUCCUGCUCUUUUUCUACUUUUUUGUUGGUCUAGCCUGUGUUGGCACAUUCUACCUCCUCAUUUACAAACGUGUCCAGAUUGCCUCACAGGCUCUGCUCCGCUACAGGAUCAGCCGCCGGUCCUCCAGGAAGAAACCAACUUCUUCAGCACAAGGGACCGAUGACAGUGGUGUAGGGAGUGGUAUGACCAACACAUGUAGCUGUGAGAUGAGCAGCCAGGUGGAGCUAGCCCAAAAUAAGGAUGAGAUCCCCUGUGAAAAGAGCUCUGCCAAGGCCUCAAAUUCAUCAGCAGCCAACAAGCCUCGCCCUGAUAUCGCCCCUAUAUCACCUUUAUCCACACCUGCUCCCACAAAUGCAGCAUCCUCCUCACACUCAGCAACUUCAGGAGAUGAUGGUGAAUUUAAGCGUGUGACACGCAUGUGCUUCACAGUUUUUCUGUGUUUUGUGUUCUGCUUUGUCCCCUUCCUGUUGCUCAACAUAGCUGACAAACAUAACCGCGCCCCACAGGUACUGCACAUGUUCUGUGCAAACCUCACCUGGCUUAACAGCUGUAUCAACCCUGUGCUCUAUGCUGUCAUGAACAGACAGUUUCGACAGGCCUACCACAUGCUGCUCACCAGGGUUGCUGCACCUUUCACCUGCCUGUGGACCCGGUGGCAGGCUCUGAGAACCUGAUUUCCUGAAACUUAAACUUGUCUGAUGUUUCUCCUGAUAUAAGCCCAGUAGGAUAUUAUUCUCAUGAAAUACUUGACAUACGUAGUGCAGCUUUUUUAUUAUGUAUGUACUUAUGUAUUAUGUGUUUAUGUUAUAUAUGUAAUAGAGUCUAUUUUGUAAUACACAAUCCACAGUUACGUCAAGAACUUUGAGCAAAAAUAGCCUAUACGUCAUUACUUGGAGUUUUUCAGGUGUCUGUUACAUAAUAUGAGAAACCAAUAAUGUUACAAAAUCAGCACAGGAUACUCCUGUCUAACACAACCGGCUUUAUUUCAGUAAAUCAGGAACUUGUGACUCUGA